AUGCCUUCCCCAUUCGGAGAGGUCAAAGUGGCGGCCUCACUCGAUUUGGAAACGCCCACCUUUGUCUCCUUUACUCAAAGUGCUCGGGACUGGGAGACUGGAUUGAACAAUGUCCUCAAGCCGUUGUUGGAGCGUUCCGGGUCAUCCUGGACCCGCGAGCAAGCCAUCAACGCAUACCUAGAGGAGGAGCACAAGAUCGAGACAGAAGAUCCAUCCAUGCUCUAUUCCAACAUCAUCUCCACUGCCGUCGAACGGGUUGCCGCUCAACUUGGGACGACCCUCUCUUCCGAGGAGCGGACGGCGGCUGGCGAGUCAAUUCGAAGCUGGCCACCAUUCCCAGACACCGUAAAUGCCUUGGAACGUCUAUCCAAGCACUAUGUCCUCAUCAUUCUGUCGAACGUGGACCUCGAGUCGUUUGGGUAUACUCGCAAAUUGUUGGAGCACGGGUUCACCUUCAAUAAAAUCCUGACGGCGCAAGAGAUUGGAAGCUACAAGCCAGACGAGAAAAACUUUCUUUACAUGCUCAAUACGGCCAAGGGCGAGUUUGGCGUUGACAAGGAACAAGUCCUCGUGACUGCGCAGAGUCUGAUGCAUGACCACGUACCUGCAAAUUCAUUGGGACUUGCCUCUGCUUGGAUAUCAAGGCGUGAAGCCACUUGUCAUGUCGACAAUGUAUCUUACACGUUCAAGUUCCCGACCAUGGGCGCCAUGGCUGACGCGUUAGAAGCGGAGCUUCAAUCCAGCACGAACGCGUGA